AUGUCAGGUGUUAAACAAGUAAAUGCUAAUGAGCUAACCUCACAGUUCGAUUCUUUUCUUUUCGAUGCAGAUGGUGUGCUUUGGUUGGCAGACACCCCGUUACCAGGUGCCCGCGAUUUGCUGCAGUAUCUCAUCACUGCCGGAAAAAAUGUCUUCAUAACUACAAAUAAUGCAACUAAAACUUUGGAAGAUUACGUGAAAAAAUGUAAGCGAAUAGGCUUUGAUAUGGUACCUGAUGAUCAUAUCAUUUCACCAGGCAAAGUUUUGGCUAAUAUGCUCGCCAAAGAAAAUUCUAAUUUGCCUGUGUACAUCGCUGGUUCAACCGCUUUACAAAAAGAAUUAAAAAAUGAAGGAGUGGAAAGUUUUGGGACAGGGCCUGAUCCUAUCGAAUCGUAUACUGAUUGCGGUUUUAUACAUGAUAUAGAUAUAUCGAAAAGAGUGAGGGCUGUUGUAGCCAGUUAUGACAUACAUAUGAGUUAUGCUAAAGUAAUGAGAGCUGCAAAUUAUAUCAAACAACCAGGAGUACGGUUUUAUGCUACCAAUGAAGAUGCCACAGUGCCCGGGCCAAAGUCAGGAGUUAUUGUACCAGGAUCAGGCGUAAAUGUAAAAGCAGUGAAAACUGCUGCGGGUAAAGAUCCGAUUGUAAUUGGUAAACCAGGAAAAGCAAUGUUUGAAUAUAUCAGGGACAAGUUUAAUAUCGAAGCUGAAAGAACAGUAAUAUUUGGCGACAGAUGUGAGACUGACAUAAAGUUCGGACAUACGAAUGGCUUAAAAUCUGUUUUGGUUGGUACUGGUGUACAUGAUAUUGAAAAAGUAAAAGAAUUUGAAAGAGAUGGAUGCAAAGAUCUGAUACCAGACUAUUAUAUUCCCUCGUUGAAAGUACUUUUUGAUAUGUUGAAAAAAUAA